AUGGAGUCUCUCCUGCUGCCGGUGCUGCUGCUGUUGGCCGUACUGUGGACACAGGCAGCCGCCCUCAUUAACCUCAAGUACUCGGUAGAAGAGGAGCAGCGCGCCGGGACGGUGAUCGCCAACGUGGCCAAGGACGCGCGCGAGGCGGGCUUUGCUCUGGAUCCACGGCAGGCCUCUGCCUUCCGUGUGGUGUCCAACUCAGCUCCGCAUCUGGUGGACAUUAACCCCAGUUCGGGCCUGCUUGUCACCAAGCAGAAGAUCGACCGCGACUUGCUGUGCCGCCAGAGCCCCAAGUGCAUCAUCUCGCUCGAGGUCAUGUCCAGCUCAAUGGAGAUAUGCGUGAUUAAGGUGGAGAUCAAGGACCUGAACGACAACGCGCCCAGCUUCCCAGCGGCACAGAUCGAGCUGGAGAUCUCAGAGGCAGCUAGUCCUGGCACGCGCAUCCCGCUGGACAGCGCUUAUGACCCGGACUCGGGCAGCUUUGGCGUGCAGACAUACGAGCUCACGCCUAAUGAGCUGUUUGGCUUGGAGAUCAAGACGCGCGGCGAUGGCUCACGCUUUGCGGAACUUGUGGUGGAGAAGAGUCUGGAUCGCGAGACACAGUCGCACUACAGCUUUCGCAUCACCGCACUCGACGGCGGCGACCCACCGCAUCUGGGCACUGUUGGCCUCAGCAUCAAGGUGACCGAUUCCAAUGACAACAACCCGGUGUUUGGCGAGUCCACCUAUGCAGUGAGCGUGCCAGAAAACUCACCUCCCAAUACACCAGUCAUCCGCCUCAAUGCCAGCGACCCAGACGAGGGCACCAAUGGCCAGGUGGUCUACUCCUUCUACGGCUAUGUCAACGACCGCACGCGUGAGCUCUUCCAGAUCGACCCACACAGUGGCCUGGUCACAGUCACCGGUGCCCUAGACUAUGAAGAGGGCCAUGUGUACGAACUGGACGUGCAGGCCAAGGACCUGGGGCCCAACUCCAUCCCAGCACACUGCAAGGUGACCGUCAGCGUUCUCGACACCAAUGACAACCCGCCGGUCAUCAACCUGCUGUCAGUUAACAGCGAGCUGGUGGAGGUAAGCGAGAGCGCCCCCCCGGGCUACGUGAUUGCACUGGUGCGGGUGUCUGAUCGAGACUCGGGCCUCAAUGGGCGCGUGCAGUGCCGAUUGCUGGGCAACGUGCCCUUUAGGCUGCAGGAGUAUGAGAGCUUCUCCACUAUCCUGGUGGACGGACGCCUGGACCGCGAGCAGCAUGACCAGUACAACCUCACGAUCCAGGCGCGCGACGGCGGUGUACCCAUGCUGCAGAGUGCCAAGUCCUUUACAGUUCGCAUCACCGACGAGAAUGACAACCACCCGCACUUUUCCAAGCCUUACUACCAGGUCAUUGUGCAGGAGAACAACACACCUGGCGCCUACCUGCUUUCCGUGUCAGCCCGAGACCCCGACCUGGGUCUCAAUGGCAGCGUCUCCUACCAGAUUGUGCCGUCCCAGGUGCGGGACAUGCCUGUCUUCACCUAUGUCUCCAUCAACCCCAACUCAGGCGACAUCUACGCACUUCGAUCCUUCAACCACGAGCAGACCAAGGCAUUCGAAUUCAAGGUCCUGGCGAAGGAUGGCGGACUGCCUUCGCUGCAGAGCAAUGCCACGGUUCGGGUCAUCAUCCUCGACGUCAACGAUAAUACCCCGGUCAUCACGGCCCCACCCUUGAUCAACGGCACUGCCGAGGUCUACAUCCCCCGCAACUCUGGCAUAGGCUAUCUGGUGACCGUUGUCAAAGCAGACGACUAUGAUGAGGGUGAGAACGGCCGGGUCACCUACGACAUGACCGAGGGCGACCGCGGCUUCUUUGAAAUAGAUCAGGUCAAUGGCGAAGUCAGAACCACUCGCACCUUUGGCGAGAGCUCAAAGGCUUCUUAUGAGCUUAUUGUGGUGGCCCACGACCACGGCAAGACGUCUCUCUCUGCCUCUGCACUAGUCCUAAUCUACCUGUCCCCUGCUCUUGACGCCCAAGAGUCAAUGGGCUCGGUGAACUUGUCCCUGAUUUUCAUUAUCGCACUGGGCUCCAUUGCCGGCAUCCUCUUUGUCACUAUGAUCUUCGUGGCAAUCAAGUGCAAGCGAGACAACAAAGAGAUCCGGACCUACAACUGCAGUAAUUGUUUAACCAUCACUUGUCUCCUCGGCUGUUUUAUAAAAGGACAAAACAGCAAGUGUCUGCAUUGCAUCUCGGUUUCUCCCAUUAGCAAGGAGCAAGACAAAAAGGCAGAGGAGAAAGUGAGCCUAAGGGGAAAGAGAAUCGCUGAGUACUCCUAUGGGCAUCAAAAGAAAUCAAGCAAGAAGAAAAAAAUCAGUAAGAAUGACAUCCGUCUAGUACCCCGGGAUGUGGAGGAGACAGACAAGAUGAACGUUGUCAGUUGCUCCUCCCUGACCUCCUCCCUCAACUAUUUCGACUACCACCAGCAGACACUGCCCCUGGGCUGCCGCCGCUCUGAGAGCACUUUCCUGAAUGUGGAGAACCAGAAUACCCGCAAUACCAGCGCCAACCACAUCUAUCAUCACUCUUUCAACAGCCAGGGCCCCCAGCAGCCAGACUUGAUCAUCAACGGUGUGCCUCUGCCUGAGACUGAAAACUAUUCCUUUGAUUCCAACUAUGUGAACAGCCGAGCCCAUUUAAUCAAAAGCAGCUCUACUUUCAAGGACUUAGAGGGCAACAGCCUGAAGGAUAGUGGCCAUGAAGAGAGUGACCAGACUGACAGUGAGCAUGAUGUCCAGAGGAGCCUGUAUUGUGAUACUGCUGUCAAUGACGUGCUGAACACCAGUGUGACCUCCAUGGGAUCUCAGAUGCCUGACCAUGAUCAGAAUGAAGGAUUUCAUUGCAGGGAAGAAUGUCGGAUUCUUGGCCACUCUGACAGGUGCUGGAUGCCCCGGAACCCCAUGCCCACCCGCUCCAAGUCCCCUGAGCACGUGAGGAACAUCAUCGCGCUGUCCAUUGAAGCUACUGCUGCUGAUGCUGAGGCUUAUGAUGACUGCGGCCCCACCAAGCGGACUUUUGCAACCUUUGGAAAAGAUGUCAGUGACCACCCGGCUGAGGAGAGGCCCACCUUGAAAGGCAGGAGAACUGUCGAUGUGACCAUCUGUAGCCCCAAGGUCAACGGCGCUAUCCGGGAGGCGGGCAAUGGCUGUGAGGCGAUUAGCCCUGUCACCUCCCCGCUGCACCUCAAGAGCCCUCUGCCCACCAAGCCCUCCGUGUCUUACACCGUUGCCCUGGCUCCCCCGGCCCGUGAUCUGGAGCAGUAUAUCAACAGUGGCCCAUCUCGUCCCUCUGAAGCUGAGCCCCGUGGAUCUGAUAGCGAGAAAGUCAUGCAUGACGUCAACCCCACUCUGAAGGAGGGUCGUGACAAAGAGUCUCCUGGUGUGAAGCGUCUGAAGGAUAUCGUUCUCUAAAGCAGUCUCGGGGAAGAAGAGAGAGAAACCAUGCUGGUUUUCGAGGAAGCAGGAGCUGAUUGUUUUAAUUACUCACCAAUGGUUGGUUCUUGAGUGGCUGUUAUUUCAGAGCUUUCCCUAAAUGUGUUUUUUAUAAGUGACUAUCAUUCUGUGACAAUCCCUCUCGUUUCAACAGGCAGCAGGGGUGUUCAGGUGGAGCAAAUUAGCUUUGGCUUGAGUUGUUCAUGGGGCCUUGAUGUUGGGGAAACAGACAAAUUCAGUUGUGAAAAGUAUUAUGUAUUAAGUGUUUGAAUUUAUAUAUUUUUCUAUGUCAAAAUUAUAAUAUAAAUUACCAUUGUUUGUGGAGGAUUACAUUUAAAAAAACAAAAAAAAAGGAGAAAGCUCUGGACACCUUUAAUAAGCUCGCCACUGUUUUGUAGUGUAGACAAGUUAAUGGCCAUUUAUUGUGUACUAUUCAUUGAUUCAGUGAUGUGAAAUUGAGCCCCCAAAAGGUUGUUUCUGAAGCUUAAGUACUUUCCAAUGCCGCUACUUUGCUGUGGACACCCCUGCUUUAAGAACCCUUUUGCUAGCUGUGCUACCGUUGUAUUUGAUAUUGCAAAUUGCUAUGUGUGUGGUGACGGCAAAAGGCUUUUUUAGAAGUUGGUGUUUUUUUUUCUUAAUAAAACUAUAGACAAAAACAAAGUGCAAAAAACCGAGAUGGCAAGUGAAUGAGCAACACCACACAUAUAGAUUGAAUACUUGGAGGAUACUCACUCAUGGAGGAUACCCAUGUAGUGAUUACUCACCACCUUGCAGAGUAUUUCUCCUGCCUUUCAGUCUUCUGCCCAGAUCAGUGAUAGAUCAUCACAGAAAGUCAUUUUUGGAUAUUCUGCUAUCUAAUUUACAGUUGUGAGAACUACUGUGCUGAAAGUUUUAUGGCAUCAAUUUUUAAAAAUUUUCAGGCCCUGAAUGGGAAAGUUGCUCCUGAAGUUAUCAGUUUCCAGGCUUAGAAAUUCCCUGUCUGUAAUUGUCUAAAAUUCAAAAAGACUGAAUCUAUUUUGAGAUCUAAAUUGGCAUCUUUUCUGACACACACUUCCUGAUUCAGUGUUUCCCAAUCACGAUUAGAAUUAGACUGGAAAGCAUGUUGGGGGCUGGAAUUGAGAACUCCAUGUUGUUCUGUAUUGUAGGAUUAUAAAUAGGAAUAGAGUAAGCAGUACAAAGUGUACAUUUAGGAAAAGACAGGUAACCAGUAACAGCAUCACUAAUCCAAUUACUGUGCCUUCUAAAUGGAGACACUUGGACACUUGAACUCGUCUUUUUAUGAUUAAUACUUUUUUAAAUUAAAAAUGUGAACAGGAAACUAUUAAAAUAAAAAUCUUUUAGAUUUAGCUAACUCUUUGCUGUAGGCUAGGAAUACACCUUUUAUUAUUAACAAGUUUGUUAUGCACAUUCUUUUUGUUUGUUUGUUUCUCCAACUCCAUUUAGUGUCUAUUAAUAUUUAGUAGCCAACAUAGUAUUCUCGCACCUUUAAAACUAAACAGAUAUGUCACCUUUGCUCUGCCUUGGUCUUUAAAAAGUUGUUUCUAGAGAAACAAGUUUUGUGGUUCUGUUCUCAUUUGUUUCAGUUUUUGAAAUUCAAGAGUACCCAGAAAAAUGGCUUAGGGGUUAGAGCACUAAAAUGCAAAAGAGGAUUUAUUUUCUUAAGUUUAGAUAAGCGAGCUCUUUUAAAUGUUUUAGUUAUUUUUGUCUGAGUUCCUGGCUUUAUACAUUACUAGGAAUAUUUUCCUUUAUGGGAGGGAGGGUUUUGAGGGAGGGUGGUAGGUAAGGCAGUAGGGAUGGGGUUCGGUAGGGGAGAAUAUUUCUGAAAAAGAACCUAUAAUGAAGCUAUAAAUUCAUCCUGAUUUCUUAUUCAGUGCUGAAUACUACCUCAUACAAAAUAUUGGUGUGGCUGCAAAUUUCCCUCUGAAACUGAUAUAAUUAGAGAUCAAUUACCAUAACAUCUUCAUUUUGGCUCAUUUCAUUAUCUCUCACACUUUUUCCCCCCCUCUGAUUCAUUUCAUUUUAGCAGAUUUUGAAUUAGGUACUUACUUGUGUUUUCAAGUGACUAUUUGAUUAACAUAUUAAAAAUUAUGUUUUUCUUUAAAUUAUGAUGGCUGCCUGUAGAAUUUCGACUGUUCUUCGCCUGAUCCAUCCUGAUAUUAUUUUAUUAGCUACCACAUCAAGGUCACUUUCGAGUCAGAUUUGACAGUUUUUGUACAGGUGUAUUUCCUACUAUGCUCAGUGGGAAUGAGGGAGCUGAGAGGAUUGUGGCAAGUGGGAAUAUUAAAUAUUAUUUGGCUGUUGAGCCAGAGAGGGCAGUGGCUGCCAUGUCUCUUACCAGCCAGGUUUAAAAUGGUUAGACAGCAGUGGCAUCAGUUUUGCUUCCCCCCCCAUUUUUUUCAGAAUUCAGUUUCAAGCUACAGUCCAAUCCCUUUUCCUUAUCAAAAUACUUUUUCUCAGUGGGAAGUCAGAGAAUUUUUGGCUCCCAAACCCUUUUGAGCAUGCUCAGAGAAUUCCCCUCCUUAAGAAAGUAUCUUUUUUUUUUUCUUCUACAACUGUCUGAUGUAUACAUACUCCCAGAAGCACAAGUGCAUCCUAGGAGUGCUUUGUAAGCUAGUUUUAUAGAUAGGCUAUGCCUGUGAGCAAGAAUUUUGUGCAAGGAUUCUAGAUUUCCCUUUGGCUCAUGUUUUUCCCUUCUUCCUUUCAAUAUGUCUGAGGCAAAGCCACAUAAGGCCAGAGGGCCAAAUAUUCUUCCUUUUUCCUCUCUAAACAUGUUACACAUUUAAAACAUAAGGGAGCAGUUUCAGUUCCUAAAUUCUAGGGAGUUCUGUGCCAUCUAUCCUGAUGUCCCUUUUGGGAAGGAGUUGGUGUUGAGGCAUGACUUGCUUUUCUUAGAGCUGUGCUGGGCACAUCCCUGGGCAGGUAAACUUCUUCAUGCAAUAUAAAGGCUUUCGUCUGCAUUGAUUGUUUUCCCCCAAAUAUGGGAAUAUACUCUAUAGAAGGAAUAGGAAGAAGAAGAGAGCCACACUAUGUGCAGUCUCUUUUUUCUUUUCUCUAUGCCGACUGAUCUUUGAACCUGUUCAGAAUGAAACUUCCCAUCUCUUUGAUCCUCUUAAAGCCAGUAGAGUAAAUUAUGAUCCACCUUAUUGCCCAAAUAGGUGGGCCAAGGGAUGGUGCAGUUCCUGAAGGGCAGUUGUUCUCAAAGUGUACUCUUUGAACCAGCAGCAACCGCAUCACUUGGGAACCUCUCAGAAAUGGUAAUGCUCUGUUCUUACCCGGACCAACUGAAGCAGAAACUCUGGCAGUGAGGCCUAGUAAAUCAUAUGGAUCAGAUGCCCACUAAAUGUUGAGGGCUCAUUAAAGCACAGGUUGAUGGACCCCACACUUAGAGUUUAGAGUUUCAGCAGGUCUGGGGUAGGUCCUGAGUCUUUGCCUAGUUAAAAAUUCCGAGGUGAUGCUGAUGCUGGUGGUCCAGGGACCACACUUUGAGUAUCACCACUCCAGAGUAAACCUGCCCCCUCGUAGAGCUAAUUGCAUGUAAGGUACCCAUUUAAACUAAUUUGUUGACAUGGUUACCCACUGACCAUGAAUUAAAAAUGUUAAAGGGAAUACAAUGUAGAACUCUGAAAAUUAGCAACACCCAGAGUAUCAUCCUGAUAGUGUUCCUUCAGCAUACAACUGAUCGUAUGAUGGGAAUUCAGUUGAACUUUUCACAUUGCUCUAUCAUAUCAUUAACAAGCAAAAGAAAAGUGGUCCACUUGAGGCAGCAAGGACAAAGGGCAGUUUGGGGAGAGGCAGGGUGUAGGGGAUAGCUCAAUUGGGCAUCCAGGGUGGGAAAGGAUUAUUAUUGUACAUAAUAGGAGUUCUGGUUGGAAUUCCAGUUCACUCUGUGGGGAUCAUUUUGAUGUUGAAUGUUCCCCAAAGCAUCCUGACAAGUCUGGUCCACUUGGCUCUUUACCCAGGGUAAUAAGACCCUAACUGACUUCGAAAACCUGGCAUACAUGAGCUUAAGAAGUCCAUUGUAUACAGUCCUAGUGUUUGCCUUCUAAGUAAAAUUACAUUUAAGGAUGUCAUUUCAUGAGUCAAAUUGUAUCUGCUGACACUGAAGUGUAUUGAGAUGUUGUUCUUUAGUUUAAGUAUGUAACAAAGUAAUAUUCAAAGGGGAUAUGUGGGGGUGGGGCUGGGACCGGGAGGCUUUAUAUUGAUAAUGAACUAUUCCAGAGCAAAACACAUUGUCCUAAUGAAGUUGUUGCAGCUCUCUUUGUUUUCUUGUGAGGCUGGAAUUGGCCUGUGGGUCACUUGUUGUGCAAAAGUGGAUUAAUUUCAAAUAGAACUCAUAUUGCUUUUGUAAAACAAAGAAAAUCAACCACCUUGUCUGAAAUGUAUAUUGCAAGGCGCUCUUGGUAAAGAACAACCCACGAAAACCUGAUCUUGAUUGGAAAGCACUGUAGGUCAUUAGGGAAAAACCAAUGAUGCUGAUUGUUGCUCUAGCUGUGUUGGCAAUUAAAGAUGACCUUGUUACUAACUGAAAGUUGCUGUCAACCUUAGCAAACAAACCAGCUAACACCAUUACAGCACUGGUUAAGUAGAUUUUUACUGGCACUAGCUGGUGUUCAGCUGAGGAAGGCUAGGAUACAGACUUUAAUGACCAAGAGCCAGACUAGCUCAAGCUAGAAAUUCAGCAACAAAUACCUCCUUGUGCUAUUUGAAUGCUAAGGUAUUAGUUGCAAAAGGCUUACGCCUUUUCUCCUCUAGUGAGGGGAAUGAGCCUGAUGACACUAUUACUGUUUACCUGUCAAACCAGGGUGGAAAUUUAGAAGGAUGCAAGUACAGUAUGUCUCAUUAAGCAGUCUCUGUUGCUGAUUAUAUGAAGAUGAAAUUGUUGUAUAUGCUGAUCUGUAUGUUAUGUACAUUUUCACAGUGAUUGAAUCAUUGUAAAAAGGAAAAAGACAAAAAAGAAUCACCACUGUCUAUUUUAUGAAGAUGAUAAAGCAGCUUUAUUAAAUUAUUACAGUUAUGUUUUAAAUGGUGUUAUCUGCCACAUUGUUUCCUUUUAUCUGGUGGUUCUGUUUCCCCCUUAAAUGUGUUUUCUCUGCUUCAAAAAUUUAAUGCAUUUUAGUAUUAAAGGUUAUUAUG